GUGGACGCAAGCAGACGGACCCGGGGAUCCCGACGACGCGACGCCAAAGCGCCGGAUAGAUAGGGUUCGCAUGGUCGCUUGAGCCGGGAGCGAGCCAGGGGGAGGUUUUUAUCAGGCUUCAGUCCUAAUUAUCAGACCAGUCACGAGUCACAACAGUCAGUCGGUCCAAUUGCCUAGCGCCUGGUGUGCCCUUCGCGAGCAAGUUUCUUCGAUGAAUCCGUGAGCAUAGCAGCAGCGUUGUGUUACAUCUCCGUCUUCCCCCUCCGCUCCGAACGUAGCGAUUUCCAAACUCGCUCAGUAUUCGAGUGGGUUUGGUUCGGUUUCUUGUUUCUUCCCUCGCUCUCUCCCCCGCUCUCAGGCAUGAACGAUCUCACGAUUCCGCACUUCUUUCUAUUUUUUCGGAAACGUUGUUGAUUACUUGACCUUUAGACAGACGAGGGCACUGUAAUUUCUUAUGUAGACGCGAAAUUCCUCUGCCACUGUGCCAUAGUAGAUCCUUAGGAGCCUUAUUUUGAUCUCGAGAAGAAGACCUAUUUUCAGCCGACCUUGGCCUACAUGAUCGAUCGGGAGUGGAAGGAAGGCAGAGAAGUCUCGGAUUUGAGGAUUCUUUUGCAAGGAGAUUCAGAAGGCUGGAGAGGCGGGGGCGCCGAAUUGAUGCACACCACAUUCAUCGUGUAGACUCUAUCUAGGAGCUGUUUUCCUUCCUCCCACUUUUGUCUUUCCUGCCGACAAAUUUGCAGCUCCUGGAAGAGUUCACAUGCUGGUUUAUCUGGAGUAGAUGUAGUUUCGGCUCGCCAAUUGUUCAAGAGCCGGUACGAAGACGAAUACAUCAUCCAGGAGUUGCUACCGGAUUUGAGACGAAUAUCGAAGUUGAAAGGCCGUUGUUGUGCGCCGAAUAGCUAGUUUCUAGCUUAGGUUGGAGCUAGUGGCAGUUUAGAAAGGCGAUCUAGGAUCAGCCAACCGUAGGAAGAAAUUUCUCUUUCUACGCUUGCUACAAAAUGGCUGUGUACUUCAAGUUUAAGAGUGCCAAAGAUUUCGACUCUGUAUCAAUUGACGGACAUUUCAUAUCUGUUGCAAAUUUGAAAGAAAAAAUUGUUGAGCAGAAGAAAUUGGGAAGAGGCUCUGAUUAUGAUCUCGUGAUCUCGAACGCUCAAACCAAUGAAGAAUACACAGAUGAAGGAUUUUUGGUGCCAAAAAAUACUUCAGUCAUAGUUCGUCGAGUUCCUGGAAGGCCAAGGAUGCCAAUUGUCGCAGAUGUCAAAGAAGAGAGGAAACCUACUCCGGAGAUUCAACCGGUGAAGAAUGGCCCUCAAUACGUAGAACCAUUUCAGAAGAAUCUGAACAUUUCUUCUGUUUCAGACGGUCUUGAUGAUUUUGGAAUCGACUUGUAUGCGGUACCUGAGAUUGUACAAGCCUCUACAGCUUCUUUGACGGAAGAAGAGGAUAAUAAGAUCAAGGCUUUUGUGGAUGCAUCUGCAAGUGACUGGCAACGACAAACUCAGGAGAGCUUUGCAGCAGGAAGAGGAUAUGGUAAUAAGGGACAAGGAAGAGGUCUUCCUCUCCGAGGAUAUGGAAACGGUCGUGGUUUCGAGAAGAAGAACCCUCCCCAUGGCUACGUGUGUCACCGCUGUGGCGUCACAGGGCAUUACAUACAACAUUGUCCCACAAAUGGUGAUCCCACUUACGAUAUCAAAAAAGUCAAGCCGCCAACAGGAAUACCUAAAACUAUGCUCGUAGCAAAUCCUGACGGAUCGUAUGCAUUGCCAACUGGUGAAGUGGCUGUUUUGAAGCCUAAUGAGGCUGUAUUCGAGAGAGAAGUCGAUGGAUUGCCAUCAUCAAGUCGUCCUCUACUGGAUAUACCCUCUGAGCUCUGCUGUCCGUUGUGCAAAGGGGUUUUGAAGGAAGCUGUUCUUACAAGCAAAUGUUGUUUUAAGAGCUACUGUGACAAAUGUAUCCGGCAUGAGAUAAUUUCAAAGGCGAGAUGUGUUUGUGGAGCAAAGAACAUACUCGCAGACGAUUUGCUACCCAAUAGAACUUUACGCGAUGCGAUUAGCAGGUUCUUGGAGUCGCAGGCCAGUGCUGCAACGAGCAGUGGCAAUGUGGGAAGCCGCCUGAUGCUGCAAGAUAUGGAGUCAGCUCCUUUUGUUCGUGUCAAGAUGCAGUCUCCUGCAGUCUCUAUAUCGUUGAAAGAGGCUUCUUCUGCGUUGAUGCCAUCAGAUGGAUCAGAUACCAAAGAGCCAUUCACCGGAAGCAAGGGUCCGGGACAAACACAAGGAGAAGCAUCAGCCGUUUCAGGCACAGUCUUGGAGAGCACUAGUGGUAGAAAACACACGAAAGAAGCUGGGGCUGCUCAAGUCGUAGAGACUGCUGAUGGAUCCCCGGAAUCGCAGCUGACGAAGGAGCCUGUGCAAGAGCUAAACUCGGAUCGACAAGCAAGAUCAGAGGUAGAACAUAGAGAACAAAUGCCUCAGCAUAUUGUUCCCGUUACAAGUCAGGGACGUGCAAUGUCUGAACCGAUGAAAGGGAAGAAGAAAACCAAGGGCAAGCGUUUGCGACAGCAAGUUGAUAUGACCUACUCUGAAGGUGGAAUGUGGGGACCAAAUCCUAACUACAAUGCGCAGGCUGAGAUGGGCUGCCAAAACUGUGGGUCUUACGAUCACCCAGCUUGGAAUUGUUAUAUGAACGGCCCAGGUCCUUCUCACUAUCCGCCUCCUAUGCAGGGACCUAUGUUCAAUCCGGUUUUCAGCGCUCCCAUGAGAGGAAUGAUGCAUCAACCUAUGGGUGAUGGAUACAUGAUGCCUUACCAUCAUAAUCCCGGUCCUUACAACGGUUAUGGACCUACUCCUUAUGAGAUGCCAUUCAAUGCACCAAUGGUGCCUCAUGAAAGUUUUGCACCGCACGCAGGAAUGAUGCAGUGUGGACCUCCUAUGCCAAGGGACUACGCUGAUCCUAUGCUUAUGAGCCGAGAUGAGUUUGAGGCCAGAAAGGCAGAGCUCAAGAGAAGGAGAGAGAGGGAACAGCGCUUUGGCAGGGAGCAAGUGAAGUACCCAACGAGUGAAGGUGAGCCGGACUGCAUGAGAGCCAAUGGGAGACUGGAGCGCAGACCUGCAACCUCAGGUAGGGAAAGGGAAUUAAGUCCUGAUCUAGUCGAUGAGCACACUCAACGAGUCAGACCUCACCAGAGCAUGGAACAAGGCCGGUAUUCAGGGAUGAAGUCUGGAUCCAGACAAAGAGAAGAUUGGACCGAGAAGAAUGAAAAUCUUCAUAGUUCAGACGGAGAAGGGUCUGCUCAUCAAGACUCGUACAUGGGUAAACGACGUGAUAGGUGGAGUUCACGUCAUGUAGAGGAAGCCAGCAGUGGAGAUGAAGUUUCAGAGGGCGGUAGAUACGCUAGAGCUUCAGGAGAGUCAUAUCAUGCCAAGCACAGGGAAAGAGGUCACACUACCCACAAGGCCUCUGGCGACGGUACGAGGGACUCCAGCUUGAGGUCUGAUCAUAAAGCCGAUUAUGUUGUGUAUGAUUCUGAAGAAGAGACUGAUGUGAGGAGACAUUCGGGGAGUCAGGUUGGCCCCAGUUCUCCUUUGAGGCAUGUGCGGAGGAAGCCUGCUGUAGAUGAGCAGUCGAAUCGGGAUCAAGAUGUUCGAGAUGGUCACUACAAGGAGAUUAAUAUGACACGGGUGCAUGCGCAGGACGGGCGCAGUUCUAAAGCCCAUAACAGUAGGGAGGGAACGAGAGGUAGCGUGUUUGAAAGAACCAACUUGCCUGUCAAGCCCAAAAGAGUCGUAGAAGAUUUGCAUGAUGAGUAUGCCGAAAUGGAUGAGAGAGACAGGAGUAAGAGAAAUAGCCGAAUGCCUGAUCACAGCCUAAUGUCAGAUCGCAGGGUUGAUGUAGACAGAUUGAGAGAUUCUGACGACAAUCGUCAGUAUGCUGGAAGUGUCUCUAGAAAGAGGAGAAGGGCCGCUGAGGAUCUGUUGUAACUGUGUCUUCAGCAGCUUGGCUUUGUGUCAGUAUGCAGCACCCCGCCGGACGCUGACAGGAGAACACUGUCAUCAUCGUCAUACAACUCGCGAGAUAUUACCAAUAUUUUUGGCACCACUCUGUGCCGCUGUGUGCUGCUGCCAUAGAUAUAGCACUGUAGCUCUAGUGUUGAGAUAUUUCUUUAGCAUCCAUGGAGGUCUCUCAACGUUAAUAACCUACUGUACAUGCGACAACUUCCUCUUCCAGCUUUCAUUUCAAGUCCUGAGCUGGUCUCCUACUCUCGGUAUGUGGGCAAAGUUGGGCAUCCGGAUCCCAGCGUUGCACACACUCCUGAAGUGACUUGUGACUUGGACCUCUUGUACACUAUUCUAUUUAUUGACACGCAUCAUGUGGCUGAUGGGGUUGUACUCUUGCGGCCAAAGCUUGGCGCGGCAUCCAUUUGAACUGUUCUCGUCAACGUGGCCCCUUUGUCAGGAGAGUGACUGCCCGUUUCGCCCGGAUUAAGCAGCGAUGGCACUCACUAUCGUCCAAGAACUUUUUAAAAUUGCCAAAUAUCAAAUCUGUAAGUCCGGUUCUCACCGGGCCUUGUAUUCCAGUUGUAAACCGAAGAAUUUGUAGGUACUAGAUUUAUCACAUAAACUUAAAUUUUAUUUCAAAACCUUGUUGUCGACGUUCCUGGUCUUCUUGUCUUAGAUUUAGGCGUGACUCAAGAGUCAC